AUGGCUGUGGUCAUCCGUUUGCAAGGUCUCCCAAUUGUGGCGGGGACCAUGGACAUUCGCCACUUCUUCUCUGGAUUGACCAUCCCUGAUGGGGGCGUGCAUAUUGUAGGGGGUGAACUGGGUGAGGCUUUCAUCGUUUUUGCCACUGAUGAAGAUGCAAGGCUUGGUAUGAUGCGCACAGGUGGUACAAUUAAAGGGUCAAAAGUAACACUGUUGUUGAGUAGUAAAACAGAAAUGCAGAAUAUGAUUGAACUGAGUCGUAGGCGCUUUGAAACUGCCAACUUAGAUAUACCACCAGCAAAUGCUAGUAGAUCAGGACCACCACCUAGCUCAGGAAUGAGUGGCAGGGUAAACUUGCCUACAACAGUACCCAACUUUAAUAAUCCUUCACCCAGUGUAGUUACUGCUGCCACUUCUGUUCAUGAAAGCAACAAAAACAUACAGACAUUUUCUACAGCCAGCAUAGGAACAGCUCCUCCAAAUAUGGGGGCUUCCUUUGGUAACCCAACAUUUAGUUCAACCAUUCCAAGCACAGCCUCUCCAAUGAACACAGUCCCACCACCACCAAUUCCUCCAAUCCCAGCAAUGCCAUCUUUGCCACCAAUGCCAUCCAUUCCCCCAAUACCAGUUCCUCCUCCAGUACCUACAUUGCCUCCUGUGCCUCCUGUGCCUCCAAUUCCCCCAGUCCCAUCUGUGCCACCCAUGACCCCACUGCCACCCAUGUCAGGCAUGCCACCCUUGAACCCUCCACCUGUGGCACCUCUACCUGCUGGAAUGAAUGGCUCUGGAGCACCUAUGAAUCUGAACAAUAACUUGAAUCCUGUGUUUCUGGGUCCACUGAAUCCUGUUAACCCUAUCCAGAUGAACUCUCAAAGCAGUGUGAAACCACUUCCCAUCAAUCCUGAUGAUCUGUAUGUCAGUGUGCAUGGAAUGCCCUUUUCUGCAAUGGAAAAUGAUGUCCGAGAUUUUUUCCAUGGGCUCCGUGUUGAUGCAGUGCAUUUGUUGAAAGAUCAUGUAGGUCGAAAUAAUGGGAAUGGAUUGGUUAAGUUUCUUUCCCCUCAAGAUACAUUUGAAGCUUUGAAACGAAACCGAAUGCUGAUGAUUCAACGCUAUGUGGAAAUUAGUCCUGCCACAGAGAGACAGUGGGUAGCUGCUGGAGGCCAUAUCACUUUUAAGCAAAGUAUAGGACCUUCUGGACAAACCCAUCCCCCUCCUCAGACACUUCCCAGGUCAAAAUCACCCAGUGGACAGAAAAGGUCAAGGUCAAGAUCACCACACGAGGCUGGCUUUUGUGUUUACUUGAAAGGGCUACCAUUUGAAGCUGAAAACAAACAUGUCAUUGAUUUUUUUAAAAAGUUGGAUAUUGUGGAAGAUAGUAUUUAUAUUGCUUAUGGACCCAAUGGGAAAGCAACAGGUGAAGGCUUCGUAGAGUUCAGAAAUGAGGCUGACUAUAAGGCUGCUCUGUGUCGUCAUAAACAAUAUAUGGGCAAUCGCUUUAUUCAAGUUCAUCCAAUUACUAAGAAAGGUAUGCUAGAAAAGAUAGAUAUGAUUCGAAAAAGACUGCAGAACUUCAGCUAUGACCAGAGGGAAAUGAUGUUAAAUCCGGAGGGGGAUGUCAGCUCUACCAAAGUCUGUGCCCACAUAACAAAUAUUCCAUUCAGCAUUACCAAGAUGGAUGUUCUUCAGUUCCUGGAAGGAAUCCCAGUGGAUGAAAAUGCCGUACAUGUUCUUGUUGAUAACAAUGGGCAAGGUCUAGGACAGGCAUUGGUUCAGUUUAAAAAUGAAGAUGAUGCACGUAAGUCUGAACGUUUACACCGUAAAAAGCUUAAUGGAAGAGAAGCUUUUGUUCAUGUAGUUACUCUAGAAGAUAUGAGAGAAAUUGAGAAAAAUCCCCCUGCUCAAGGAAAAAAGGGGUUAAAGAUGCCUGUGCCAGGUAAUCCUGCUGUUCCAGGAAUGCCCACUGUGGGAAUGCCCGGUCCUGGAAUGCCUGGUCCUGGAGUGCCCAGUGCGGGAAUACCUAGUGCUGGAAUGCCAAGUUCUGGAAUGCCCAAUGCGGGAAUGCCUAGUGCAGGAGGUGAAGAGCAUGCCUUCCUGACUGUAGGAUCAAAGGAGGCCAGCAAUGGGCCUCCAUUUAACUUUCCGGGUAAUUUUGGUGGGUCGAAUGCCUUUGGGCCACCACUUCCUCCUCCAGGAUUAGGAGGGGCCUUUGGUGAUGUUAGGCCUGGUAUGCCUUCAGUUGGAAAUAGUGGUUUGCCUGGUCUAGGACUGGAUGUGCCAGGUUUUGGAGGUGGACCAAAUAAUUUAAGUGGGCCAGGAUUUGGAGGGGGCCCUCAGAAUUUUGGAAAUGGCCCUGGUAGUUUAGGUGGCCCCCCUGGCUUUGGAAGUGGCCCUCCUGGUCUUGGAAGUGCCCCUGGGCAUUUAAGUGGGCCACCAGCCUUUGGGCCUGGCCCUGGGCCUGGGCCUGGCCCUGGCCCAAUCCACAUUGGUGGUCCCCCUGGCUUUGGAUCUAGUUCUGGAAAACCAGGACCAACAGUAAUUAAAGUGCAGAACAUGCCCUUCACUGUGUCUAUUGAUGAGAUUUUAGAUUUCUUUUAUGGCUAUCAAGUGAUCCCGGGCUCAGUGUGUUUGAAAUACAACGAAAAAGGUAUGCCCACAGGUGAAGCCAUGGUGGCCUUUGAAUCUCGGGAUGAAGCCACAGCUGCUGUCAUUGACUUAAAUGACAGACCUAUAGGCUCAAGGAAAGUAAAACUAGUAUUAGGGUAGAUAUUCACAUCAAUUCUUUAUAGGGUAGAUCUUCAUAGUGCUGUGAUUAAUGCAUCCAGAUUGUUUUCCUAGUAUUUCCAGGUUAGAACCUGUGGAUUGUUUCAAUUGCAUAUAGAUUGGUUUCUAUAACUUAGAGCAUUGGUUGACUGUUUACAGAAGACUCACUACCAGGAUAAACAUUGCUAUAUGUUACAGUAAAGCUGUCUGGAGAGAAAACAAAAAUGAUUUUAGCAUACCAUUAGAGAAACCAUUUGUAAAGUGCAAUGACCAUAUAAAGCUUAUCAAAGAGUCUAGAUUGGUUUUGUUUUAUACCAUAUGGGAUGAAGAAAAUAGAAAUGUCAAUAGAGCUCAUUAAAGGUGCUCUUGCCAGCUACUAAGAAUAGAAGUUGGCUACUCUUGGAAUUUGGUUUAAAGCUGGACAAAUUUGCUUUGUUAUAGGGUCAAAGCUUUGUCUAAAGUCCUCAUUUUCUUUUAAAAUUGAAUAAAAAUCUCUGUAUACAGA